AUGGCACCAACCCUUCCCACCCCCACCUCCAACACAAUAACCCUUUCCCUCCCGCACCCACACGUCCUCCUCGUCACCCUCUCCCGCCCAAAAGCACUCAACAGCAUCUCGACAGCCGGCCACCACGACCUCGACGCCAUCUGGACAUGGAUGGACAACGAGCCCUCAAUAAGAGUAGGCAUACUGACUGGUUCAGGGAGGGCCUUCUGCGCGGGCGCAGACCUUAAAGAAUGGAACUCCACCGUCCAAACUCCCAACCAACCCAGCCAAGCGCGCACCAUGCCCCCCACCGGCUUCGGGGGCCUCUCUCGCCGAUCUGGCAAAAAGCCCAUUAUCUGCGCGGUGAACGGCCUCUGCCUGGGCGGGGGAUGCGAAAUGGUGCUCAACGCCGACAUGGUGAUUGCGUCUUCGCAGGCGUAUUUCGGGUUGCCGGAGGUGCAGCGCGGGGUGGUAGCGUGGGCGGGGGCAUUGCCGCGGUUGGGGAGGAUCGUGGGACGGCAGAGGGCGAUGGAGAUGGCGUUGACGGGAAGGAAGGUACCUGCGGAGGAGGCGGCGAGGUGGGGGAUUGUGAAUGAGGUUGUUGAUGAUAGUAAGAAAGGGGUGGUGGAGAGGGCAGUGGAGGUUGCGGUGCAGAUUGCGGGGAAUAGUCCUGAUGCGGUGUUGGUUAGUCGCGAGGGAGUCAAGCUGGGGUGGGAGGGGGUGGGGGCGGAAGAGGCGACGGGGAUGUUGAUUCAAGAGUGGUCGGAGAAGUUGAAUCAGGGGGAGAAUAUUAAGGAGGGGUUGAGGGCGUUUGUCGAGAAGAGGAAGCCGGUGUGGAGGGAUAGUAAGUUGUGA